CAACCAUAUAACGAUUAACAUGCAACUAGAAAAGGCAUAAGCCAAUGCCAAAUUUUCUCUCUCAUCUUCACAAUCGAAAUCCAAAUCAGAUCGCAGAAAAGUAACAAAAGACUCAAUCUUUCUUCACAUCACAUCUAGCUAGCUAUUUUUCCUGGAAUUUUUUAAGACAUGCAGAAAGGUAAGCAUCAUGGAACAAAACUAGUGAGCCUCUGGAUAUUGGCCUCUUCCGUGGCUAUAUGCUUCCAUCCUUCAUGCACAAACCUAUGUAAUUUAUCACUCCUCACCUCUCAAUUUUCUUCAGAUCACAACAACAGCAAACCCACCUUCACACAGAUCCUUGUAGCCUCUUCCAUCGGGAUCAUCAUCGCCGCCGCGGUGCAUUGCCGUCUGCGAAAGCUCAAGGAUCAGAAGAUCAUCCCACGCCUAAAAAUAUCUGACUCUAGCCGUGUUCAACACAAGCUUGAAAGGUUCCCUCAUUAUGUAGCUAGGCAGCUGGGAUUUAAAGACAGAAGAGAAUGUCCACAUCUGUGCAAGUUAGCCACUGAAUACAUCAGAAAAUUCGAAGGGUUUGAGGAUGAUAUCUAUAACUUCUUCUCAAGUGAACCGGAUGCCGAUUCGCUGUUUGUGAAGCUUGUGGAGGAGUUUGAGAGAUGCAUCCUCAGCUAUUUUGCAUUUCAUUGGAGCCUAGCUGACCUCAUGAUUAGUCAGAUCUUGAGCUGUGAUGCUGAGCCUAGAAAGAAGCUCAAGAACAUUGUCAUGGCAGCAACCAGAGAACAGAGAUUUGAGAGGGUGACAAAAAAUUUGAAGGUGGCUAGAGUUUUCACAACGUUAGUGGAAGAGAUGAAAGCAAUGGGGCUGGCGACGGCGGUGGAUGACUCAACAUGUACAGAGGUGAUGGCUCCAGUAGCACAUGCUGAUAGAAGUCCAGUCCUCCUCCUCAUGGGAGGUGGAAUGGGAGCAGGGAAGAGCACUGUGCUAAAGGACAUCCUCAAAGAAACAUUCUGGGCUGGAGCAGCGGGGAAUGCAGUAGUCAUUGAGGCAGAUGCCUUCAAAGAAACAGAUGUUAUAUAUAGAGCCCUCAGCUCUAGAGGACAUCAUGACAUGCUUCAAACUGCUGAACUGGUACACCAAUCAUCUACAGACGCAGCAUCAUCACUCCUGGUCACAGCACUUAAUGAAGGGCGGGAUGUGAUCAUGGAUGGCACACUCUCUUGGGUACCAUUUGUUGUGCAGACAGUAACAAUGGCCAGAAAUGUCCACCGCCGCCGUUAUCGGAUGGGACCUGGUUACAAGGAGGGUGAAGAUGGAACUGUUAUCGAAAACUAUUGGGAACGACUUGACGAUGAAGAACCAGAACAAGUAGGAGGCAGAAAGAGAAAACCAUACAGGAUAGAGCUUGUUGGAGUUGUGUGUGAUGCUUAUCUAGCUGCUAUAAGAGGCAUAAGGAGAGCUAUCAUGUGUAGAAGAGCUGUACGAGUAAACUCACAAUUGAAAUCCCACAAGAGAUUUGCAAAUGCAUUUCUAACAUAUUGCCAACUGGUUGACAACGCAAGGCUAUAUUGCACUAAUGCAUUGGAAGGUCCACCUAAGCUGAUAGGAUGGAAAGACAAAGACAGAACCUUGCUUGUUGAUCCAGAUGAAAUUAAUUGCUUGAAAAGGGUGGGCCGAUUAAAUGACACAGCGAAUUCCAUAUACGAACUUUACAAGCACCCUAACCCAGCUUGUGAAACUGGGUCAAUCUGGAAGGACAUUGUCUUAUCACCUUCAAGAUUAAACAUUCAAAAAGAGCUGAAGUACUCCAUCCAGAAAGCUGAAAGAUUGAAACGAUAAACCAAUGGUCCAGGCCAGGUGCGUUUUAAACUUCUUAUCUUCACAGCACAGAUCAGAAGAUGGAGACUGAACACAGCAUUGGAAGUUUUCAAUAUCUGCAACCAAUGAGUAUUUUGUCUGUGUUUUACCAAAAACUAGGAGCUUUUUGUCUGUGUUGUACCAAAAAUGAGGAGCUUACUCCUAAGAUUUAUAUAUAGAGAAAGUGAAGAUUUGAAGGUCAAAAUUCGGACUUAUCUUAGUCAAUGGUCAUAGGUAUAUACAUAUUUAUGAGAUUGAUAAUAUCUGAAUCUCCCUGUUGUAUGACCUUCAUUAGUUCAGUGUAGAAAAGAUGUCUUCCAUUUCUUUUUCUUUUACUGUUUUGGUAGCCUAAAAUUACCCACAAUAUAACAUAUAAUUUUAAGUCCAAUGUGGAGUAAGGAUAAUGUACAUGGAUGUGAUGCCUAUUUAUAAUUGAGUAUAGAUGUGACAUGUUGACUACAAAAGCAAUGCAAGCCCCAAAAGGAAAAUUUGGAAAUCUUCGAUAUCAAGCCAUUUACACUAACUAGAUAUGCAUCCACGCAUAACCCAAUAUUCAUUCUCUUUCAAAUAAUAUUUGGCAUGAAACGAAUGGAUUAAUGACUUUGAAUUCAGAUAUUCCUGGUAAUGAAGAAACUGCAAGUAUUAAAUGGGUCAUGUAUUAUUUUGGUAAGAACAAAUGAGUUAUUUAAAUAUCAAAGGAAUGAUAAAGAAUUGCAAUUCCUGGAAUAUCAGUUAAGCGUUAAGCAUUCACAUAGUAAUCUCCAAUACACGUCUCUUAAAUCUAAAGAUCCACAGCUAACUGCCAAAUAAAUUCCACUCCAGAUCCCUAAAUAGCAAAUGCAUUGGGGAGGGUAUUGGGAUACAUCAUGGAGAAAGAAAUAAUCUGACAAAAAAACAAUGAUAUCUUAUAAACCAUCGUUUAAUUUGUGCUGUUUAUUGCUGUGAUUCUUUCCUCUACGCUUUCAGAAUUCAAAAGAACAAAAAGGAUUUUCUAAGCUAGGACCAUGCAUUUGAAUUAUCAAAUUAACAAUUAACAAAGUAUAGAUGACAUGAAUGAAUACCUGAUGGAUAUCAGCCAGCUACAUUCAAUGUUUACCCUGGAUUUGAGGCUGAAAACCUGCCCUGCGUUAGGUAAACAAAAGUUCGAAAAUAAAAGAAGGGAGAAAAUGAUAGAUAAAUGAGAGGGGGGCCAGAGAGAGCUCUCUCAAGCUAAGAUCAAUAGUAAACAAGGUUAAGUUUUAAAGGAAACAUGGUAAAAUACAUGCCUGCUUGUGUCCCUGUACAUCCCCAGAAUAAACAAAGAUGUUCACAACCAAGUAUUCCUCGGUCAUCGACUCAUCAGUAAUAAUUCCUUUACUUUGGCAUUGCAAAGGUAGAAUUAAGUCCCGCAUAUAGGAUUGUUGUUUCGUAAAGUCCAGUGAAUUCUUACACCAUAUCUUGAGUAGCUUGUGACCUCUAGAAAACAGGCAACAUAAGAACUUGUCUUAUAUACGGGCAUGAAGUUCAUCCAACAAUAGUAGAACCGAAUGCCAAUCCUUUUUGGUUUAUACAAAGAUGAAUAUACAUGUCUCUUUUCUCCAGUUUGCUCUGAAUCUUAUUUCCACCAAACAAGUUCUCCAAAUUCCUGAAGGUUUUGUGUGAUUUACAAACCUGGGAUCUAACUACUUUAGCGUUCCACGCUGAUCCUAAAUGAACUGGCCCAAGUUAUGUCUGGCCAUUGAUUCUCAAUCACACCUCUAAUGGAACAGCCUGAAAUCUGGUCAAGAGUUUUCUGUUAGUUGAGAACGAGUGUAGUCAUAUGGAUAGACAAGUCCUGGUUUACAACUGGUUCCUUGAUAGGACGAUUAUUUCACCUAUGUGUAGCUUGUGACAGGUGAGCGAAUUUUUGCAUGACAUUAAAUUCACAAAUACUUAAAUGUAUCCAGAAUGCAGAAAAUACAAUGGUAAGCAGAAAAGGAAAACAUGAACCAAAAAAAGCAACUACAUAUGAAUGAAGAAAAAAUUUCCUGAAUAAUAUGGAGAUUGGAACAUAGUUUUGAGAAAUAAAUUGCACAACAGCAGAGCAUAUAAGAGAAAUGGACUGCCUAAGAGAUUCACAUGUAGGUUCUAAUCCCUCCUCAUGCUCAAUUUCUAUAAUUUAUCUCCACCGUGGUCUGGCAGGCAAGGUAAUGCUCAGUCUUGUCAAGGAGAGGGACCUUUCCAGUGGAAUACCCAAGCAUACAUCUCACAAUAAGCAUCUUUCAAUCUCAAUUUCUUGCGGCUCGCAGAAUCAUCAUCAAUAGUGAAGCUACGUAUUCUGUUCAUUUUAAGUUACUACCAUAAUUAGAAAUAACCUAUUAAUCCCAAGAACAAGAAUUCGCGAUAUCAGAGCCAAUGGAUGUAAGAUUGUGAAAUGAACACCAGCUCCGACUGCUUUCUUUUCCAAUCUCAUAUUCAUACAUUCUUUAUCCCAUAUGCAAGAAAACAAGAUUGAACAUUAAUUUACUGGGCAUUUUGAAGGGAAAGGCGCCCAAAUUUUGGGGGUCACCCUGCCCAUUACUCUGAAAAACCAGCAAACCAAUGAACACCUAAGAAGACAAUAUUAGAAUGAUGCAAGAACUGAUAGAGAUAAAUGGGAAAUAUCAGCCUUCCACAUCUUAAUCAAUCUCAAACCCAACUAUCUCCUUGGUUCAGCUAAACUUUACCUGUAUCUCAGAACAUUCUACAAGUAAUGAACUUUAAUGACAAAAAGAAAGAAGACUUGCACUACAACUACUCCAGUUACAUUGCGGAAAUCCUACUUUGCUGGCUCAUGCUUUGAGUCACACUUUCCGAAUGCCUCAUUGUUUGUUCCUAUAAAACCCUAGCAUAAGGAAGCGCUGAGCAGGGUUCACGCUAGACUAGAAGCCACCAGAGCAAGGGCUGCAUUUUUACAUGGCCUUUUGAAGAAUGCAGUGUUUGUGAGUUAUUGUUCGUGCCUCAUCUCAACAACUCGGAUAUGGUUGCAUUGUUUUCCUGUACGGCAUGAUCUCACUCAGCAGAUUAUUCUACACUGGUGUGUCAACAAUCAUCUCAUGUUAUGGUACAUCUAUGUCAAUAAUAUAGUGCUGACUCUGACACCUCCUUGUUGGUGUAUUCUAUCUCUAAUUUCAGCCAUAAACUCAGCAAUAUAUCAAGGGAUUUCUCAAAUUUCUCUUGCAUAAUUUGUUCAUACCAUCUCCCUAAAGUCAUUCAUGUCAUGGUAGAUUUGUUUCCUUGUAAAACUACGUGACCGUGUAAUCGUAAGGAACCUACGGCAUUUAAAGUUCAUGCUGUAUAAAGAAAAUCAUCAAAGAAAAUAUUCCAUGAAAGACUAGAACAAAAUGAAAAAUUGGAAAUUCAAAUUAAGAAGAGGGAUCCAAGCAACCAUCCAAAACAGACAGAAAUAUGGUGAGCAUGGCAAAGCCAUAUGCCUCAUUAACUGGGCAGCUCAAUUAUUCAAUUCCCCUCCUGUCUUAUUAACUGUGAAGAAGUAAAUGGCAUACAAUGUGUAAACUCAGCUUCCAACUGUUGGCAAACAGUUGGUAGGUAUGCUUUCAAAUCUCAAACUAAAAACCCAAUAAACGAAGAAACCCUAAUCCAAUUAUGAACAACAAUGUAGUUUGAUUAAACCCUAAUCCAAAAUGAAGUAAAAUUUGUUGCAGAUAAAUCAACUGAUUUGGGAUCAAAUUGCAGAACAAAUUAGACCUACAAGAAUAGCAAACAACAUGCAUCUAGCAGGGUUUUAAUUGAAGUGUGUGGAAGUUUACCAAACCCAGCGUUUUCACAUCGAACACACCAUUAGGUUUAUACAGAGACCUUCGAAAUCCCUAACUGCACUUCAUCGCAAUGACAACAUACAUCAUAGAAGAGUUGCAGAAUGCUAAAAUGCGCAGGGUGAAUACGAUAACUCAUCUUCUCACUAAUUCAACUGAAGUGUACUGAAGUUGUUACAAUCUCAAACUGUCCACAAACCCUAGAAAGAAAAACAAUUCGAUUUUCAGGCUGAAAAACUCGAUAAUGAAAGUAAAAAAAAAAAAAAAAA